CCGAGCGACCCAACCCUGUCGCUCCGUCGCUCGUCUUCCUCCUCGCGCGAGCGCCGCCACCCCCUCCCUCCCCAUCCCGCUGCCGAGCGCCGCAGCCCCCGUCGCUCCGUCGCUCGUCUUCCUCCUCGCGAGCCACCGCAGGUGUACUAUCUCCUCUUCAAUUCUCUCGUUCCCGACCGUUUCUCCUCCCAUCACCCCACCAACAGAUCCGGCCCUUUAGCUCCCCGUUUCAUCUCCUUAAUCUUCCCCAAUUCGUAAUUCAGGCAAAAAUCCUACCUUGCCCUACCGGAUCCUCCGCCCUUGGGUCACAUAUACACGUAUGAAUUAUGUGUAGCAUGGAACGAAUUUAUGGACCACGGGAAUGAGUUUUAAGCUGCUUGGUUUUUACCCUUGAUAUAUGAAACCUAAUGCCGUGUUGGGUUCUGCUUUUGCACAUGGGUAUUGUACUACUAGAGGCUCAUGUGCUCAUGCUUGCCCUGUUAUCCAUGUAUACAUAUGUAGUUACUGGAUUCGCGGUUCUGUCUCCUUCUGUGGGUCGAAUUGGGCGUACAUCUCUGGAUAUUAUACAGCCUGAAUGAAUCUUGCUGAACUAUUGAACCACAUAAGACUUAAUUCAGCACUCAAGUAGCGGUGCAGUAGAAUGAGUGCAAGAGGCAUGAUGCUUGAGGAUUUCUUUACUCUUACUGAGAUGAAGGAUGGCAUUUCAACUGUGGCAAGAAUUGGAGAGCUGGUCUCUGAAAUCGAGAAACUGAAAAAUGUUGUUACGCAUAACGAAGCUGACUUGAUUAGGCAGUGCUCAACAGCUGCAAGCACACUAGCGUCCACUAAAAAUGAAGAGUGCCUGCAGCAUUUCAUUCAGCUAAAUGGUGUUGUAUUUCUCAAUCAGUGGCUCCAGGAUGCUCAAAAUUGCAGCAAGAAUGCCAAUACUUCAGCAGAAGAUCUAAUACUUGCAAUACUAACUGCACUGGAGUGUCUUCCAGAUAACCUGCAGUCAACUUACUGUGGAAUUCUUCCUACUGUUCAGCAUCUGCUAGCUCAUGCAAACACCAAGAUCAACCAAAAGGCGAGACUUCUCUGUGAUAAAUGGAGCAGCACACCAGAAUGUUGUACAGAUAACCAGGAAGUGGUUACAAAAGAGGCAAGGCAAACAGAUCAACCUAAACUCUCGGAAGCUAGCCAGAACACAGAAAAUAAUAAAAUUGGUGGAUCACAUGAAGCUGUGAUUGUAGAAAAGGAAUUGAAGCCUGAGGUAAUGUUGUGCCCAGGUGUUCCUUUGUCUAAUCCAUCCCUGACCAAUGAUAAUAGUGAUAUAGUGAAGCAACCAAGGUUGUUGACAUCCGCAGAUUCCUCAAAUGGAAAUGCCAUUUUGGGAGAUAUGAACUCCUCUGUGUCAUCUGUUGUAUCUCAUGGCAGUUCAGAAAAGUUACCCGUCACUGAGGAGAUUUCUGCUACAAAUGAUGAAGGUCUUGCCAUCAACGGCUUGCUCCGAUCGGACUCUCUCAGUGCAAAGAGUGGUGUUGGGCAAGUUGCACCACAGGAGACUACAGAGGCCAAGUCUUCUGAGCUUAACAAACCCGAACAUUCAUUUGUUGGUAGAAAAAUGGAUGUGGAGGACCAAAAUGUUCCAGCUAACUUGGAUAUCGAGGAAGUUGAGUCCUUGUCAGCAGAUAUGUCACGGUCUGAGAAGAAUACAAUGGAAGAUUUGAACCAUCUUGCAAAUGUAAGCCUUGGUAUGCAGGAUUUGUCAGCUGAAGAAAGUAUGGGCAAAGAGGCACCUACAUCUUCAUCUGAUACGAAUGCAGAGGGCACUGUCAAUGAAUUUAGGUUGAAGAGAUGCAUGAGUAGCUUUGCAGAUUCCUCAAAGGCUGCAGAGACAAAGUUUACUGCUCUAAAGGGAGAUAAAUCAACAUCAGCAGCAGAGUAUGAUGAUACUGAUGCACUGGAAGUAGCUCGUCUGGUUGCUAUUGAGGUAGAGCGGGAAGUCAUUGACUACCGAGGGCCAUUUUGUAGUUCUCCUGAUAUUAAUUCCGGACAUUCUGAUAGUCCUGACUUGGAAGCACGUCGGCAGCCUGAACCACCUAUUGAUGGAUCAAAUGAUAAUAAAUCCUCCACUACAGGCGACGAUUCAGGGAGUUCCUCGUCUCUUAAGGAGGAUGGCUCGGGUAUCACGGAUGACAGUGGCCCUUUCAGUAGAAAACGCAGACGGGACACAGAACUGGGAGACUUUGAUCUUAAUGAAAACCAGUGCCCUGAGGAAACUGAUUGCCAUACAAAGUCCAUUCUCAGUAAUUCAAUUAAUUUAUCAACACCUAUUGCUGUGGCUGCUUCAAGAGCCUCAUCUGUGUUUCCAGCACGACUCCAUUUUGAGGGUCAGCAUGGAUGGAAAGGUUCUGCUGCCACUAGUGCUUUCCGGCCAGCUUCUCCGAGGCGAACUCCUGAAGGAGAGAAGUCAAUGUCAGCUACUUCACAGAAAGCAAGCAACAUGUUUGACUUAAAUUUAGCUGAUAAUGACAAUGCCAUUGUUGGUGAGCCACUUUCAACAACCAUCCAGCUAGCUUCUGUCCAAUCGUCCAGGGACACGUCUAUAGCUGUUGCUGUGAGGGGAGGGAUAGAUCUUGACCUUAACUUCCCAUGUGGCGAUGAGGAAACAACAAUCAUGACAAGUAAUGUGCCAUCGUUCUUGAACCGAGAACGAUUUACUGGCAAUUGGAAUCAACCAUCUUCAUCUUCAUCUUCAAGACAGCCUUCAGUCAAGAAUUUCGACUUGAAUGACAACAUGUCGCUCUUGUAUGGCUCUUCACGAGGCGCAGAUACAUCCUCUGUCAAGUCUUCUAGGAAGGACACAUCAGACCUUUCUGCAGUUACAAUUCUGGGCAAGAGAAUAGUCGUUGGGCAGCAAGAACAACGCCAGCAAAUUCAACAUGACUUUCUGGGGUCAAGUGUGCAAUCUGUAGUUCAUGCGAGAUCUAGUCAGUUGUAUACACAUGCACCUCCCAAUCAUAGUGCUGACAGCUAUCCGUUUCAACCUGCCCUGUCUUUUCCACCACCAUUCUAUGCAUCAGGAGGUGUUCCUUACAUGGUUGAUGCAAGGGGUGCUCUGGUUAUGCCACCAUUGCCAGGCUUAGGUGUUGGCAUUUCUCAUCCAUCUUUCAGCGGCAGAACAAUCCCACCAUCUUCUACUGAACUGAGCUAUUUUGAUCCUAGCAUGGGUUUAAAUUACGGACUGUCAUCUGAAGUCGCACAGACGGAAGAAGGGAGCUACUGGCCUGUGUCUUUUCAAGGCCAAACUAUCUUUGUCGAUGAGUGCAUGAGGAACAUGUCGCGGGGUGGAAGUACCUCUGAGGUGGUAUCGAAGCGAAAAGAGCCAGAGUCAGGUUUGGAUCUGUACCCCCGUCGCUAGGCAUGGGGUUCGGUACAGCAACUGUGAUCAAUUUUGCAUUAUUUAUUUGGUUUGUUCAAUGUACCAUUGGGCACUCCGCGGUAUUCUGGGCACCUGAAAUUGGGUCCAGUUCUAUUUGGUUGGAAGACAUACACAGAGAACUGAAUAAAACCAGCUACAGGUAGAUUUCAGAGCCAUGGAUCUGGUUGGGAGCUGUAAACUGUGUGUAGAUUUGGUUCUUUGUGAGAGUAGUUGCUUUUAGUUAACCUGAUAUAGCCAAACUGCUCUCUUCGUAAAGCUGGAAUUAUCAUGUAUAUCAUUGUAGAACCUAUAAUUAAUAGAUGAAAUGUCAAUUUCCACUUCAUAUCUUGAUUUUGAA